UUACUAUUUGGCACCUCCAUUGUGAAGGUUUUGUACCAAUCGAACAAAUAGUCUCGAAACAUGAGAUUCGUGAUCAGUUUCGUCCGCCCUUUAGUCCUUACCAUUUUUGGUAGACAUAUAUACCUCAUGCAAGACAAUGUGCGAACGCCCUAAAGCUUCUGCGCGACUGCCUCGACUAUGUGUGUAAUUGGUUCACGUAAUGCGCAUUGCGUUGCCUUUGCUUAAGAGUAUUGAAGGUGUGGAUUGGAUUGUUGCGGGUUGUGCUUAUUUCGAUUUAACUCGUAGCGCCAUCUCGAUGGGCCCAUCGUUUCACUGAUAGUACAUCUUUGGUUUUGGGGCAUGGUGUGCAUCUAUUGCAUCUCCUGCGGGCGAUAGGUUGCGUAAAAUGCGUACGGUUUUUGGCAUUUGCAAAUGCUUUUACACGGAAAAUAUAUAUUUGAAGGAAUUCAACCUUCAUGUGACAUACCUAAACAAGGCGCAGUUUUUGAAGGAAUACUCCCCUGUGUUAAAGAAACUUGGAUGCAAUUGUCCAAAACACAUGCCAGUUCAGAUUGAAGAAGAGGUAAAUAGGAGAAAGCAGCUUCAAGGAGAUGCAGCAGCCAGACACAAGUACAUUCUCCAGCAAUAUGUCCCCAGAAACCCACUGGUGUAUAAAUUACAGCCAUAUUUCCUGCAUCCAAAGCUGCUGGAGCUGGUCCAGCUGGCGCGCACGGCUGAUGUCACGGCUGAACAGCUGACCACGCGUGUGAAGAGUCUGCCAGGCCGCAUCUACGCCUUUCCCGUGUUCACGCAGGAGUUCUGCCGCCAAUUCCUGGAGGAGCUGCAUCUCUUCGAGGAGUCAGACAUGCCCAAGGGCCGUCCUAACACCAUGAAUAACCACGGGAUCCUGCUGGACGAGCUGGGCAUGAACCAGGAGUUCUUCGACGUGCUGCGCGAGGAGUACAUCCAGCCUAUCACGGCGCUGCUGUACCCGGAGCUGGGCGGCGAGAGUCUCGACUCGCACAAGGUGUUCGUGGUGAAGUACAAGCAGGGCGAGGACGAGGAUCUGGGUUGCCAUUUCGACAACGCCGAGCUAUCGAUGAACGUCUCGCUGAACGAUGGCUACGAGAGCGGUGAGCUGUACUUCAGUCACAUGGCCGAGGAGCCGGCCACCGAGGACCGCCUCAUUUACCAGCACCAGAUGGGCGUGGGCGCACUGCACAGGGGGCAGCACCUGCACGGCGCCAUGCCCAUCGAGGACGGAGAAAGGUAUAACCUGAUCCUGUGGCUGCGGUCGUCGCGGGUGCGAAACCAGCGGUGCCCGAUGUGCCGGCGCCGACCUGCCAUCGUGCCGGUCAGCUACGGCACCGGCGACGGCUUCGUCCAGUACACCGAGGACGUGUGCGCCACAUCCUGAGGCCCUGGGGCAUCCGCCAGUGAUCGGCCGGCGCGCGGGCGGCGCGCGGACGGAUCAGCCCUGUCCGCAGAAGUUGUGCGGGACGGGCCGGCUGUGGGCAGGCACUGCACUCCAGGAGGAUGACGGAUCGGAUCUUCGUGGGAAUUCCAGUGACAGUUCUCCAUUGGCAUGGGUGCGGUAUGCUGCAAAGUGUUCAAUUUGGUGACGACCACGUGCUCUAGUCGUGAAUUUUGACAUGCGUAAAAUUCGAAUUGCGUCCACGUAUUCACCAGUUCAGAGCUUCGGCGUGAACGGUUAUGCUGCUAUAAAUCUGUCGGAAGACACUCAUGUUAUGUUUAUAUAGCGCUAUGAGGCGCUUUGUACGUCCAAAUGCCAUGAUACUUUUUGAUUUAUGUUCGAAUGAAGUUUCUGCGUGUUAUGGAAACGGCUAAAUGCUGCAGUGGUAGUGUCACGUGCCUUAGUUACAUUGUUAGUCAAAUAUGUUGAUCUGUGCACAUGACCACUUGUGCAUAAAAUUUGUAUGCAGUCACUGCAAGAAUAGAAUAUUUCGGCUUAAA